AUGAAAAUGUGGACUCUCUUCCUCCUGAGUUGCCUGCUCUACACCCUGCGGAUAGUGGCACAACCGAGGUACCUGGUCAUCGUUCCAGCUGCACUGCCUUACCCUUCUUCCCAGAGGGUGUGCUUAGAUCUCCGUGGGGUGGAGAAGCCUAUUCGCGUGGCCUUAACUCUUGUCCAUCCAUCUGGCAACUUCAGCCUCUACCGCAAGGUUGUCCGCAACAACUGGACCUUCGAGUGCUCCAAAUUUCAGGUCCCCCAACCUGCAGGCAGCCAAGAGGUGGGCACUGUCCACCUGCACAUCUCCAAUGGCCACUACUUCAGUGCAAAGGAACAGAAGCAAGUCCUGAUCCACAGGGCUGGUACAGGCACCUUCAUCCAGAUGGAGAAACCCAUCUAUAACCCAGGGCAGACAGUGAAAUUUCUGAUCGUGACGUUGACCGAAGGUUUUGCUCCCGUUAACAGAAAGUACCCCAUGGUGGAAGUCCAGGACCCAAACCAAAACCGCAUUGUCCAGUGGAUGGAUGUGAAACCAAAACAGGGCAUUGCAGACCUCUCUUUCCAGUUAGCUCCUGAACUCUCUCUGGGGACUUACACCGUCACUGUGGCGAACCGGAAAGCAUCCAGUACCUUUAAGGUGGAGGAACGUGCGUUGCAAACAUUUGACGUUUUCUUCGAGGGACCAGCUCAGAUUUAUGCUUCGGAUAAAACUUUCCUACUGCAUGUGUGUGGCAGGUACAGCUAUGGGAAAGCCGUGCAAGGGAUCAUGCGGGUGACUUUGUGCCAGAAGGCAAGGAGGCGUCCUCAAAAUGCCAGCAAGGACAUCUGUAGGGAAUACAGCGGUCUGACCAUGAGCAGGGGGUGCUUCACUCCCUCUGUAAGCACGUCAGUCUUCAACCUGGCUCCCAGUGAGGAAGACAGCAAGCUCUAUGCAGAAGCCUCCCUUCUGGAGUUGGGCACAGGGGUGCAGAUCAACACCUCCAGCCAAAUCCUCAUCUCCAGGACAGUUGCAAGGGCAGUGUUUGAGACACCAAAUGCUUACUACAUCCCUGGAGUACCCUACAGGGGGAAGAUUAAGCUUCAGGAUCACUAUGGAAAUGGUAUGAAAAACAGAAAAGUUUAUCUCGUGAUAAAGUUCAUGAGACGCCGGUUCAUCAAAACAUACAUCACAGAUGGCAGUGGAAUAGCGUCAUUCAACCUGGACACAACUGCCUGGAACAGCUCGUCAGUCUCCUUGGAGGGAAGGUUCACACUGGAGGAUCUCAGGCACGCACCUCGGAAAACGGACUUCAGUUAUGCAAAUGCUUAUCAUCACCUGCAUCCCUUCCAUGUCACAACCAAGAGCUUCCUGGACAUACACCCACUCGCAGGAACACUGCCCUGUGGGCUGAAGCAGAAUGUCCAGGUGACCUUCACACUCAGUCGGGAUGACCUGGGAGAAGACACCAGCCGCAUAGGAUUUGCAUAUUAUGUCACUGGGAAGGCUGGAAUUGUUGUCAGGGGCCAAAGGACUGUCCAGGUCGGGAAGCUGAACAUGUUGAAGGGCUCCUUCUCCAUCCCUUUGACCUUCACUGCUGACUUCACCCCAUCACCUUCCUUAGUGGUGUACACCAUCUUCCCCAGUGGAGGUGUGACAGCUGACAGCAUCCGGUUUGAUGUAGCCUUGUGCUUCAAAAACCAGGUCAAGGUAGGAUUCCCAGCUAAAGAAGCCCACCUCGGGUCCACAGUGCAGUUCCAACUGCAGGCUGCCCCUGGCUCCCUGUGUGCAGUACAGGCAGUGGAUGGAAACCUGUUCCUGGCGAGACCAGAGAGCGAGCUGACAAGUGAAAUGAUCUACAGUUUGUUCCCUGCUGCCUAUCGACAUGGAUACCCUGUCCAAGUAGAAGAACAUUCAGAUCACUGUGUUCAGCCCCAGUCCAUGUCACCUCUGCAACGAGGGAAGCCACAGAAUUCCUUUCAGCCUGACAUCUUUAACCUCUUCCGGAACAUGGGGCUGAAAAUCUUCUCCAACCUUGUAAUCAAGAAGCCGUCUCAGUGCUUUCAUCGGGCGGACAGGAAGCUGACCAUGGGGGGGCCUUCUACAGAAGGCCAAAGAAUCCCUAAGGAUCAACCACAGUUUACAACCCACGGAAGACUUCGCCAUUAUUUCCCUGAAACUUGGAUCUGGAAUCUGUUCUCUGUUGGCUCCAAUGGCAGCAGGAAUGUCCCAGUCGCAGUGCCUGCGGCUGCCACGGACUGGAAAGUCAAGACGUUCUGCUUGGCUGGGAGGGGAUUUGGCCUUGCCCCAACCAUGAGCCUCAGAACGGUCCAGCCCUUCUUUGUGGAUGUGACAUUGCCAUAUUCCGUCAAACGAGGAGAGACCUUUGUGCUGAAGGCUACUAUCUUCAACUACCUGCAGCAGUGCAUACAGGUCCACAUGGCCCUGGCUAAAUCCUCAGACUUCCAGGUGGAGCUGUGCCGGACCUGCAGGGACAAGGAGUGUCUGUGUGCGGAGGAGUCCAAGACUUUCACAUGGAAUGUGACAGCAGUCCAGCUGGGGACCAUGAAUAUCACAGUGAGGACAGAGGUACUGGACACCACGUCACGUUGUGGGAGCAGGAAGCCCUUGCCAGCUACCAUGAGGCGGAGGCACAUGCUGGUCAAACACUUGCUGGUCCAGCCAGAAGGUGUGUUAGUGGAGAAGACUUACAGCUCCCUUCUGUGCCCAAGAGGAGGAAACGUGGCUGAAGAACCUGUGUCCCUUCGCCUACCUGACAAAGUAGUAAAGGGAUCUGCCAGGGCUUCCAUUUCCAUCUCAGGUGAUCUCAUGGGGGUGGCACUGCAGAACCUGGACCACCUGGUGCAGAUGCCCCAUGGCUGUGGGGAGCAGAACAUGGUGCUGUUUGCCCCAAUUGUCUAUGUGCUGCAGUACCUGGAGAAGACGAGGCAGCUGACCCCUGAGAUCAAGGAGAGGGCAACAGGAUUCCUGCGCAAUGGGUACCAGACGCAGCUUCUUUAUAGGCAUAGAGAUGGGUCCUACAGUGUCUUUGGGCAGCAGGAUGGGGAAGGGAACACUUGGCUGACAGCUUUUGUAGUCAAGAGUUUUGGCCAAGCCAGAAAAUACAUCUAUGUAGAUGACAAGAACAUCCAAGAUGCCCUACGCUGGCUAGAGCAAAACCAGCUCCCCAGUGGCUGCUUUGCACCCAAAGGGAGUCUCUUUCACUCCUCCCUAAAGAGUGGCAUGGAUGAUGAAAUUUCCCUGGGGGCAUACGUCGCUGCAGCACUGCUGGAGCUGGGUCAGCUGCUGAAGGGCAAACUGAUGCAGACUACCCUCCGCUGCCUGCAGGAGGCGGUUCACAACAUCACCAACACCUACACAGAAGCCGUGCUGGCCUAUGCCUUUGCCCUGGCUGGGGAUUAUGAGACAACCCAGGAGCUGUUGUACAAACUGGAGGAACAGGCCAUCAAGUCAGGAGGACAAAUCCACUGGAGCUCCAAACCAAGCUCUCUGGAUUCCACAGAUGUCUGGCCUGAUACUCAGUCAGUGGACAUAGAGUUGACAGCCUAUGUGCUCCUGGCGUACCUCUCUAAGCCACGGGUGCAUGUGGGUGACAUGACAACUGCAGCUGGCAUUGUGGCAUGGCUGACCCAGCAGCAGAACGCCUAUGGGGGCUUUGCCUCCACCCAGGACACAGUUGUUGCCUUGCAAGCCUUAGCAAAAUACGCAGCAAAGACGUUCAGCACAUCAGGCCAGGUGCUUGUGAGGGUGAAGUCCCAGAGGGGCUUUGAGAAGGCUUUUGAAGUCACCCGGCAGAAGCGUCUGCUUGUGCAGCAGGCAGCGCUGACAGAGGUCCCGGGGCAGUUCCUGGUCCAGGCCCAUGGCAGCAGCUGCAUCUUUGCUCAGACAGUGCUGAGGUACCACGAGCCUGCCCCACGGGCUGCUGUAACCUUCACUCUGCGUGUCAACACAGAGCUGACCAACUGUAGCCAGGCCAAUGCACGUGUCCUCACCAUCCGCAUCCUUGCCAGCUACAUCGGGAGCAGAGUCACAUCCAACAUGGUGAUCGUGGAGGUCUCCCUGCUGUCUGGAUUCAUCCUGGCUCCUGGAUCCAGGAUGUUGCUGGAACGCAAAAUCAUCGUUAAGAAAACAGAAGUGAAAGCUGAUGUGGUCUACAUUUAUUUGGAGAAGCUCAAUGAUGAACCUCAGACUUUCAUUCUGCAAUUGGAACAAGUAAUUCAGAUGAAGAACCUGAAACCAGCCAUCAUCAAAGUCUACGAUUACUACCAGCCAGAGGAGCGAGCCUUGGCUGACUACAGUGCUGUCUGUAGUUGAGGUAGGCAGCAAGUCCCUGUGUGACACAAACCGUUGCAUCAGGAAAUGAUGGGUCUUGAGUGGGAGGGAGGGAAUGUAAGCAAUCAAAGACAGGAAGGAAGAUGGGGAGCGUACAUCCAGCUAGAAAGAGGAACUGGCAAUGGCCUGUGUCUGGGCGUGUGGAGUUAGGCUGGGGGCUUUUUUGCAGCCAGGGAGGCAGUUGGAAGGCUCCGGUGGAAGGUGGAGACAGGGACAGCGUGUCUCAAAAUGAGAGGGGGGGGGGAAGGGCUGGUCAUCGUGUGGAGUGAGAAUGCAGAGCUAUAGCAGCCUGUGCUAACAAGGGGCCUCAGAUCUGGACAUGGCUCCAUCCCCUCCACUCUCCCCCUCGGCCCCCUUUAUUCAGUGCAGGGUAUGAAAAGGGGAUUCAGGGAGCCAAAGGAGCAAGCUGAAGCUGUGAAGAUGUAAUAUUUUGUCUUGUGGGGUGGCAUACCCAGCUGCCAGAAGUGGGGUGGCUUACCAGUAGCAGCCAGAAGCCAAGACAGGUCUAGAGAAGUCCCUUUUGGAAGGGUAAGACAGAAUCUUGACAUGGUCCAUGCUGCAUCCUGACACCAUCCCUAAGAGAGAGCACUGCCUUGGGACCUGCCUAGAGAGCAACCCCCACUACUAUCCAAGACAAGGCACCUUUCCACAGCCUGCUGAUAGCCAUGGAGGGACUGGAUCAUGCCUUCCUUGUUUGUCUUACCUUCUGUCCUCAUAAUUGCACACAUGGUUCCUCAGAAACGGGUGGAGAAGCUCCCAAAUUUGUGAUAAACGAAAGGAGAGGAACUACCACACCACAACUCCUGCCUUUGCCCAAUAUUUCAGGUUGGACGCUGAAUGGAAGGAAGUGCUCCAUCUGGGACACAGCCCACAUUAAAGUUGAGUCCAUAUGGUCCUGCGCCUGAGUGGAUGGACUGAGAAAUCCCAACGGUCCAGCGGUUAUGCCCGCACUGUGAGGGCCUGGGUUGGGGCAGGGUGUGUGUCUGUCACAUAUCUGGUACACACCUGGUAAGAAGAAUUAAAGUAAGCAUAACCCCUGACCUUGCCACCAUUGUGCCAGUUGUUGAUGAACUACAGGCUCAGUCCAUGAAGAUACCAUUUCUGCCAUUGCCAGUGUACAAACCUCAUAGAUCCUCUAUUGCUCUCUCCUCAUGCUUCCCAUGGUUUCUUCUAAUAUUUCCUGCAGUAUGACUUGGGCAGCUUUGGAGUACAAGAUGCAACUGAGCAUGCUGUGACAGCUGUAUCUCCUGUGCCCUUCCUGCAAGCUCCUGUGCCAUCAGCUCUGCUUUGAAGCAGUCUACAGACAGUAAUGCAGUGCAUUGAGACUCUAGCCCCUCACCCCCCCUCAACAGUACCUCCUUGCCAGUUCCUCAUAGUAAAGGUUGCAACCGUUGGACAAAAGAACUGUUGAACAUAUCCCAUCCCUCCCUUGCUUUUGCUUGUGUAAUGGUCACUUCUCCCAAGUACUAUCUCUGCCUUGGUCCAUGCUCUACCAUCUCCUGUGAAAGUCUGCUA